AUGGAGGGCGCCGAGCCCCGCUCGGGCACCGUGGAGCUGGGUAGGAGGGAUGCAGGGGGACCCCAAGACGGGCAGCAGCGCCCGACGAGCCUCGAGCUGUGCCCCCGCAUGUGCCAGGCCCUCGCCCUCAACAUUUACUGGUCUUUAAUUAACGCCGGGAGUGAUGAUGAAUCAGCUACAGUCUUGUGCCCCGUUUCCACUCGUGACGCCAGGAAGGCGCUUGCUCACCCCACGGUUUGCCGGGUCGGCAGCUUGAGGAGGUAUCGGGGACUGACGCUGGUGCUGACCUUCCUCUGCUACACCAGCUACCACCUCUCCCGAAAACCCAUCAGCAUCGUCAAGAGCCAGCUGCACCCCAAUUGCUCAGCCUUGGGCCCGAACCCCCACAAUGACUCCAACAGCAGUACGUGGUGCAGCUGGGCACCCUUCGAUGGGGACAAUUACAAGGAGCUUUUUGGGGCGCUGGAUAAUGCCUUCCUGGUGGCCUAUGCCAUCGGGAUGUUUAUCAGCGGCAUUUUUGGGGAGCGCCUCCCCCUGCGCUAUUACCUCUCGGGGGGGAUGGUGCUAAGUGGGCUCUUCACCGCGCUCUUCGGCCUCGGCUACUUCUGGGGCAUCCAUGUCCUCUGGUACUUCAUCGUUGUGCAGGUCUGCAACGGGCUGGUGCAGACGACCGGCUGGCCCUCCGUCGUGGCGUGUGUCGGGAACUGGUUUGGGAAAGGAAAGAGAGGUUUGAUCAUGGGCAUCUGGAACUCACACACCUCCGUCGGCAACAUCUUGGGGUCGCUCAUCGCUGGCGUCUGGGUUUCCUCCGCCUGGGGCCUGUCCUUCAUCGUGCCCGGCAUCAUCAUUGCCGCCGUGGGCAUCAUCUGCUUCUUCUUCCUUGUGGAGUAUCCUGAGGACGUUGGCUGCAGUCCACCUCUGCAUCACGAUGCUGGAGGAGUGACCACCAAUGAGAAGGAUCCCGAAGCAGUCACCUCCAACGAGGGGCCGCUGAGCAUCUCAGGCCGGAGCAGCACAGAUCACUCUGACAGCCCCACGGAGCCCACCGAGGAGCCCGAAGCCAUCAGCUUCCUCGGGGCACUCCGGAUACCCGGCGUGGUAGAAUUCUCCCUUUGCCUGCUCUUUGCCAAGCUGGUGAGCUACACCUUCCUCUACUGGUUGCCCCUCUAUAUUGUGAACGUUGCUCAUUUUGGUGCCAAGGAAGCUGGGGACCUGUCGACCCUCUUCGAUGUUGGGGGUAUUUUAGGGGGGAUCUUCGCCGGCCUCAUCUCUGACUACACUGGCGGCAGGGCCACCACAUGCUGCGUGAUGCUGGUCGUCGCUGCUCCCAUGCUGUUCCUGUAUAACCAUGUUGGCCAGAAUGGCAUCGGCACAUCAAUAGCGAUGCUGAUCGUCUGUGGCGCUCUAGUUAAUGGGCCCUACGCUCUCAUCACGACAGCGGUUUCGGCAGAUUUGGGAACACACGAGUCUCUCAAAGGAAAUGCCAAAGCCCUUUCUACUGUCACGGCCAUCAUUGAUGGCACAGGAUCCAUAGGUGCUGCCCUAGGGCCGCUGCUCGCAGGGCUCAUCUCCCCCACGGGCUGGAAUAAUGUCUUCUACAUGUUGAUAGCAGCCGACGUCUUGGCUUGCCUGGUAGGUCCCUCCUCGGCAGGACUUAGCCGUCAGCCCCGUGGCAAUCAUCCACCUUUCCUCUCGCAGCUCCUUGCUCGUGUGGUGGUCAAAGAGGUCCGUGGGUGGUGCGGCUACAUGGCGAGGAAGAGAGGCUCUAGCGUGCAGCUAACAGAGUCAGUGCUGGAUGGGAAGUAG